UCCGCUGAGUAAGGUUACUGGAUACUUUAACCGACUGGCGCCGAAACGAUUUUCCUCGCAUGCUUAGUUUUUCUGCUGUCGAAGAAGACUGCUAUCGGAUGGUAGAUGUUAUCGCAGUUCGCAUGUAGGAAAAGACUGCCGGGGAAAACGGGGUUAGGCGAAAAACUAUUACAGCGCAAUAGAGAUAAACAAUGGGCAAACUCGAUACGACUGAAGUGAUUCGGCUGACUGAGACCGAUUGCCAGCAGAAAUAGCAGCAAGGGAUCUGGAAAAAGUCUCGGACAGACUAUAGGAAGCUCCGUGCUCUGUACUUUCCAUAUUGUUUCUCCAGUUUGAACGUCUACGGCCUGCCACUGAUAGAGAGCGUGCGUGAGUUUGUGUUAUGUUGCAAACUCGGAUCCCCUACUGGUUGAAGUCAGAUCGCCCAAGGCAGGGCAGGCCUUGACAGCUCAUUUGUUAUCCCGUUCUAUAGUAACCCUGGCUUGAUUGACAGAUUUAGUGGUACUAGCUAUAGGCUGCGACAGGCCAGUUGUUAAACUAAGGUUGUGAUGACGGCAGAGCCCAACGUGUUUGGAUCUAUGGAGCUUUACCGUGUUUGACAGUUUGUUUCUUCUUUGACAGGGCACUGGAUUUGUUUAUACCAAUCUGGCGGUGGAAGUGUAAAAACUUACGCAAUAUCUGGACUUAGAUUCGAGAGUGGAGACGCUCUCCCCCUUUACGCCGAUGGCUCAGAGGUUUGACAAUGAACUCCCACAUUACGGGAGUAUGGACGCCUCGGCUAUGUACUCGGACCCCAGGUCUUUGCCCAGUCACCCUCUAACCCACUCCUCCACGAGUCUCAACCACGGCCCGUCCCCCAUACACCAGUACCCUCCCUACACGUCCAGCAGCACAAUGCCGGGCGUGAUGUCAUCGACACAAGACAAUCAACUAAAACGGGAUAAAGAUUCGAUAUAUUCACACGCACUUUUCCCGCUUCUCGCAUUAAUUUUUGAAAAAUGCGAAUUAGCCACAUGUACCCCCCGCGAACCUGGAGUAGCGGGUGGGGACGUGUGUUCAUCAGAAUCGUUCAACGAAGAUAUAGCCGUCUUCAGCAAACAAGUUCUCGCCCGGUCGGACAAACCCUUUUUCUCAGCAAACCACGAAUUGGACAGUUUGAUGAUUCAGUCAAUCCAGGUUUUACGUUUUCAUCUGUUGGAAUUAGAAAAGGUGCACGAACUCUGUGACAAUUUUUGCCAUCGGUACAUUAGCUGUUUAAAAGGCAAAAUGCCCAUAGACUUGGUGAUCGACGACCGCGAGGGUGGGAGUAACAGCACACCCUGCAAAAGUUCAUCAUCUUCAACGACAGUGAAUUCUUCAAAUUCUGAUAACCCCAUUGAACAUAAUUCCGAGACAAAUAACCAGGAACAGAGGCCGCCAUCACAAAGUUUGAAUUACAGCCAAGCCGAUGAUACACAGUCCUCGCGGUCUGGGGAUACACCCGUGCCAUCUAGUCAGCCAAAUACUAAUUCCUCACACAAUGCAGAAAACAACAGCGAGUCAGGUGAUGGCCUUGACAAUAGCGUAGGGUCCGCAGAAGGAACAGAUUGCGAGGACGAUGGAACAGGAGACAGUCGGUCAGCAAAACGCCAAAAGAAACGUGGAAUUUUCCCCAAAGUUGCAACUAACAUCAUGAGGGCAUGGCUAUUUCAGCAUCUUUCACAUCCCUACCCUUCAGAAGAACAGAAGAAGCAGCUAGCUCAAGACACUGGUCUGACGAUACUACAAGUAAACAAUUGGUUUAUCAAUGCAAGACGAAGAAUUGUUCAACCAAUGAUUGACCAAUCAAAUAGAGCAGGUCCAGGAGCACAUGCAGCAUACAAUCCGGAGGCAGGGAUGGGUUACCUUGACAACCAACACAUGCAGAUGGGAAGGUUGCAAGGCAUGCAUGGAGCGGACAUGUACGAUCCGAUGAAGGCAGGGUACUCCCACCUGGAAGGAUCACAGCGCUAUGAUAUGUUGGGGGUUCAGGGGAUGCACCGGACUGAUAUGUAUGCACCCCCUGUCAGCGGGUCCUAUGCACAAAUGUCCCAGUUCAGCCCCCCUGUGCACUCACAAGCAAUGCUGAUUCCUGGUCAUCCACAUCACAUGAUGAUGGGGCACGGCGCCACAGGAAUGGCUCACCAUGGGAUGUCCGCAACCCAAAGUCCUCCCCUUCACGCCAGCAUGGACGGAAUGGGACAGCAUAUACAAGACAUUCACGCUGGAUAAACGCUCAAACGGGUUCUGUCAAAAGUGUGACGAUUCUUGUUGAUCCUCGUUAUAUGUUCCGAAGAAGUGUUUUUUGGGACAAAAUUACGAGGGAUAUUUGGCUGUGGCCGAGCGUCGCCAAACCGGCAGCUGUGCACGUGCUGUGCUUGAUUAUAAAACUCUGUAGUUGUAAACUACGGUGCAGCCACAUGCAUAUGUCGUGACGCGACCAGUUCAACGGGUGGAUGGAUGAACGGAAGAUCAGACUUCUGGGAAUGUGGUGGUGGUGGUUCACAGCAGACGCUGCAAGGGAAUAAGAUUCCCACAAUGCUUUAGUUGACAUUUGCGGUGUGGAGUUUUGACUGGAGGAGUUCCCAGGAGCUGUGCUACAGUGUGUAAAUUCUAACAGGACCUAGUCACAGAGGACAUUGAUCAUAAUGUCUUUUUGCCAUUGUUAAUUUCCUGCCCAUGCCAACACGGUGACAUGACCAAGAUAAGACAUGGCACCGCUAGAAAAAAAAAAUAUUUUCAUUCAAAAAAAAAAUCAUUCUUAGCUCCUGGUUUUGAGUUAAAACUUUAUUUUCUCUUGAGACAAAUGAUAUGGUUAAGUUUCCCCUGCCCAGGAUAUGAUAUGACUGUUAUCACUCCCAUUCCCACCCCUCCCCUGUCAAGUAGCAAGGAAUGUGUAUGUACAACAUUUAUAGACUCCGAUACUGGUGACAUGUUUGUCCUGCAACAGCUUUACAAAGACUCGAAAUACCUCAUUUCAAUGUUUUAAGCUUCAAGAACUGUGUUAAGUUGGAACAUAAAAAUGUACUUGCAUUCCAAAUUAACUUAUUGAAAUUAACUGGAGCUGCAGAGCUGCGAGCAAAGAGGCACGGACGCUUUAUGUCGCUCCAGAUCUCCUGGAGGCUGAACAACGCCUCAGAUGUAGCCCACAUCAGGCAGGGCCUAUGACCAAAGUAUUUUUUAGUCUCUCUAUCUGUCCUGAUAUGGACAGGUCCUAAGGUCUAUAGUAUUAGCCGGUUGUUAUGUUAAUGAAGAACCCAGUCAUUGAACCAAAAUGUUCAUCUGGGUCACCAUGACCUGUGCUAAUUGGGUCACCCUGACCUCACUGUCCUUUUCAAAUUUGUACAUGUAUCAUAGAAAAAUAAGCAAACUUUUGCUGUGUAAAACUUGGUGCAAAAUUGUUGAGUAUUUAGAAUAAAUGCUGUUGAUUUGUGGAAGUUGCUGCAUGGUAGAGAUAAAUGGUGAACAUGUAGAUGUCCACCGUAACAAUCUGUAUGUGACCGUAUUAUUCAACCAAGAUUUGAUGCCCACAGGAAUAAAGAAUCAUUUUCAAACAAUUGCUCAUACCAAAUGUUAGUAUUUUGUUUGCUCGACAUUUUUCUUUAAGUGUGUAACUAGGUAUGUCAUCUUUUCAAAGCAUUUGAAAUCAGUGAGUAAUCUUCCCAUGACAUUGAUCACAGAUUUGGACAUUUGACAAGAGCAAGAGACCAGGAAGUACACUUCAGUUCUCUCUCUCUUGAUAUCACAAACAGCGACGUUUGUUUGCAUCAGGUGACCGAUCUGUGAUGAAAGAUGCAUGAUGAUAGGUAUCACUUGAUUUAUGGCAUGGCAAGUACAAAGUGUAUUCUGUCAAAGUUUGCAUUUACAAAUCAGUCCUUCAAAAAUAUUUUCUUGUAUCUUUUGGGUAAGCUGAGACAAAUUCAUAAAAGAAACCAAAUGAUUUCUUCAUAAUAUUAUGUGAUUUAGUCAGUGAACAUAGAAACAUGUUUUAAUUAAGUUUUGUCUUGGACAAUUAAAAACUAGAUAUUGUCAUUCACAAAAUAACUGUAUAGAAUAAAUAAUGCAUUUUUGAACAUAGAUUAUGAGAAUAUAUUCAAUUCUCAGUACCCAGAAGUCUAAUUUAGUGUCAGAAGUCACUGAUCAUUAUAAAUAACAAAACCCAUCUGAAAAUAUAUAUUCCAUUAUUCAUAAGGCAGGUUGCUUGGUUGUUUCUCAACACUCUUUUCUGAAAUCUUUCUUAAGAAGGCAAAAGAAUGUGUUAUAUUUCAUAAGAGGUUCAGAAAAUAUGAAAAUAAUACAAGUUCUUUGUCAUCUUUCUUCUUAUGUCUUUAAAGUAGCCAUUAAUGAUUCUCACACAAAUAUCCAAACUGCUUGAGCCGAUGUCUGACCACAUCAUUCAGGUCUCCUACUAAAUGUUUCUCUUUAAAACCACAUAUUUUGAACAAACUUUAACUAUAUGCAGAGUUAAUGUUUCUGAAAUGUAUCUUUCCAUCAUGACAGAACAAAAACAAGUUUCCAAGUUUAAGAACUAUCCCACCAUACACCUCUUUUGGACAGCCAAUAUAUCAUACAUUUUGUUUGGAAAACAAUACUGAACAAUGAAAUUGCAUAGAUGUGUUAGAGAACUGUUGGACAUAUUAAAACAAUACUGUCAAAAUGGCAGUCAGAAAUAUCAAGGGAGACUACUCUCUAGACAAAUCAUCAUGGGAGAUAACUCUGUAAUGCUAGCUGCUGCUCUUAUGUUUGAUGUCAAGCACAGGAAGACAAUCAGAGAGGGAAGAUCAGGGUUUAACCAGAUUUAUAACAUAAAUAGCCGAUAAUAUUUUUAUUACAAUGUACAGUUUUGUAGAUACUGAACAUACAAGUUCCUUCAUGUUGUGGAAGAUUCACAGGUCAUUUGUUGUAUAAAUCUAACUCUGUUUAUAGUGUUCAUACCUGUCUGUAUUUCGUGUAUUAAUGUCACUCUGCUUCAAGUCAACAUUUUGGUGUAGCUCAAGCCCAUCUUUGAUGUUAUUGUGAGAAAAAAGGGAAGUAACUGGGUUAGAUAUCAUUGAACCUCGCUAGACUCUGUGUGACAUAUCAAUUUGAUAUUUACGUGUAAUGUGCAAGAGGUGCAAGUAUUUAUAUUUCUGUUGAAGUGAUGGUAUGUAUAUAUGUGGAUUUUGUCUAAUCACAUUAUGACGACAUGCUUCCUGUGUAUUAACUGAGUUCAACUUCAUCAUAAUCGCCAAAGAACUUUCUUUUCCUCAUUUUCCAUAUCUAGAGUAUGAUAUUAGAUUAUUUCUGUUCAAGAUAUGCAAAUCUUUAUUUCACUGAAAAUUGAUAACUGUGUUUUCUAUUUCUGUGAUAAUCAUUCAUCAAUAAAAAUCAAAUUAUUUGCCAAAUUUUUAUUUUCCAUUGCCAAGCUUUAACUUUGCUGACUGUUGUUCAAUACACUGAUUACACCAAAGAUUACUAUUUAUUUGCUUCAAAUUGAAUGCCACACAAAGUUUUAAAAACAUGAUCUGUAAUUCAUACACGGCAGGUUUAAAUAUUCAUAUUCCCUCCCUGUAUUCCAAAUGGACUCGUCCAAAGAAAAUAGAAUUUAAGGUCCAUUAUGGGAAUACAAGGGAGAGAGAAACUCAUUCAGCUGUACUCCACUUUCUUUAGCUUUCAAAUAAUUACAGACCAGAUUUUUGGUUUUGCCAUGAACUCUUGCAGAAAUAAAAAUAUCUUUAUUAUGGAAAUAAAA